CUGCCUCCAUGCAGUGUAUCGCAGAUCCCCCUCGGCGGAUCCGGGCCAUUUGCGAGCAGUUAUUUUGCGAGUAGUGGAGCGCGCCUGCUUAGACUCAGGCCACCGCUGGGCUGGGCGGUGAGGUGCGGAGCCCCAUCGGCGGCUCGCUCAUUGCCAGGCAGAGGGACGAGCCAGAUCAUGAGGGGCACGUGGGCCACGAAGGCGCGCAUCAAGGCGGCCUUCGGGAACACGGCGAGCUCGGUUCUCAUGCUGGCGGCCAGGACGAGCACCAGUCUGGCGACGAGCUGGACUCCAGAGUGGACCACGACGGUCAUGGGCAGGAUCAUGACGCCGCCGCGCAUCGUGACGAUGAGUCAGAUUCUGGAGCGGAGCCCCAUGACCAUGGACACCGCGACUCCCAUGGGGUUCACGGUCAUGGUGCCACCGCGCAGCGGGACGGUGAAUUAGAUUCUGGAGCGGCUCCCAACGACCACGGCGAGCACGAUUCCCACUGGAUGCACAGCAAUGCUUCGAGCACGAAUCACGAGGAUAAGACAUAUUCUAUGGGAAAACCCAGUGACCAAGCAGGGCGCGACUCCCGUGAGGUGCACGGUCAUGAUGCCGCCGCGCAUCAUGGCGCUGACGAGGAGCAUGGCCAUGCACGUAAUGGUCGCGGUGCAAGUUCGGUUGCCGUUGGGCUUGUGACAACAUCAGUCAUAUUCCACUUGUCAUUCGGAUGGCUCUUAGCGAGGGGCUGCUCGGUACUCUCACGAUGAAGAUGCUUGAUACCUUUGUUUCGAUAUUCCUGGCGGUGCUGUGGUUUAGUGCUUUCAACCAGUUUAUCCGCACUUUCAAGGUGGGAACGUGGUUUCCCUUUGCAGCAGAAGUAGUCUGCUUUGUGCAGGUGAUGGUGCUUUAUUACGUUGCCAUGACUGUCGCGUGGCUGUGGCGUGACAGGCAAGUCCACUUGACCACGUUCACUGUUUGCGGUGCCCAUUACAUUGCCUUCGCUGGUAUUGGGGCGACUACCAGCGUCCAGGAAUCAUUAAGCGCGGCUGUCGGAGAUGAAUGGUCUGUAUGGUCGUCAGUGACUUCGUUCGCUUUCGUCGUCAUGGCCAUCGGGUUCCUGAUGGUAGUGUAUGCGCUCACUUGGACGUUUUUCCGUGUGGAUAAGACCGACGACCAUUCGUUCCAGCGGUCCAUUGAUGAGAUGGAAAUAGAUAUUACAGGAUUAGUGAGUUCGUUCUUGGCCACGCAGGCUGUGCGGCAGGCCAUCACUGGAAAGUUUCCGCAGAAACAUUUUUUUCUACAGUCGGCGGCUUGGCGAAGUUACCCCUCUUCAGCUUUGCAGCGGAAUCUGAUGCUCGCUUGGUCAGUGAUGCUGACGUUCGUGGCGGCGAUGGUUCUGCCGAUGUUCGAAGAAUGGUCGAUCAAGAAGGGUGACCGCUGGACGCACCUCGGCUUCCGUUUCCUCAAGGUCUUCAUGGUCAUGAUGGUUGCGUGGGGCUAUUUGGUUUGGGGCAGUUGGCAGUUCUACAGCCAAUUCAACGGCGAUCGAAUGUACGGCAACAUGCUGUUCGCCUCGCUGUGCACGUUUGUGGUCCUCACCGUCUUGUAUCUCUUGUCCAUGCUCCAAGAGAGUGACAAGGUAACGAGCGAGACUGCUCGGGAGACGAACAACAUCACUGUCAGCGGUCUUUCUCUUGUGGCGGCGUGGAGCUGGGAGCACUGCUUCUCCCUGGCCUUUGACGUCAUCGGAUACCGGUACGACGUGGGCUUCGAAGGGCUGGUGCCCAAACUCUUCAUGGCCACCGCGAUACCUGUUAUCCUGAUCCCCACCUACGUGAAGCACGUCCGCGCAGCCGUCCUCGCGGCGGAGGAGGCCGAGGAGGAAGAGGAGGAGGAGCGCAAGGUGCGGAUCUUGGAGAGGGCAGGAAUGACGCCACAGGCAACGGGCGGUCCUCUGGGGGCCAGCAGAAGGGAACGGCAGACGUAAGGCCUCAGGGCCAACGUGGGGGCCCACGGGGCGUGUGAAGCAAGGCAGACACAGAGCACACGGCCCAGAUGGCGGCCCAGAACGACAACGAUGCCACUGUUUGUUUACUCCAGACCCUCGACGUCGUGAUGUGUUCACGGCCCGCCUCGGAUGCCGGUGCUCUCGGCCCCAUCCUCGGGGCAGGUUUUUCAGGUGCGGUCUGCUUUUUGGAUGGCCCCAGGGCUGGAACACGGCCCCCGAGAGGCGGAAGCUGCGAGCAGAACUGCCCCCCGUGAUUUUUGCCGCGUCGUCUGAAGAUCUGGAUUGCUUUAUUUGGAUUUCGAUCGAAGAACAACACAACGGCAUAAACAUAAACUUUUGGCGUUCCGCGCGGAUUUCUUGGAUCGGCGUUGGAGCCCGCCCCUGGUGCGCGCCGCGCGCCAGGGAUUGGGGUCCAGCGCAGAUCCGAGACAUUUGCGCGGACCGUCUACAAUUUAUGCUUCUGCCGACUUUUGUUACUCCAGGUACGUCACCGUCACGACAGCAUGGUCAGUCACCACAGAGUGAGCCCUUCGCAGCUGCGACAGCAAGUAGUCCCUUGCACUGAAGGCGCCGUGGCCUCACGUGGCUCGAGCGGAGGCCAGAAGGGCGGGUGCGCGCGAGUUCUCGGG